AUGUCUGCAAGCGCAGCGCUAGCGACCCCGACGUCUUCGACGUUCCCGACCGACGACAAGCUGGCAAGCCCCGCCAUGUUCGGUGACAAUGACGAAGAGGACCUCACGUUCGAGAACGCCGAGGAGGAAGCUAGCUACUACCGUGACAAGUACCGAGUCGCGACGUCAUCGCGCGAGCUCGAGCAAGAGCUGGAGAAAGAGCUGGAGGCCACCGAGGCCAAGCAGCAAGAGCUGAAGGACCGUAUCCAUCGCCUGGAAAAGGAGAAGGACGAAUGGCGUACCAAGUCUGUCCAGCAGCAGAAACAGCAUUCCUCCACCGUUUCAGCAAUGCAGCGUGAGAUGGAUAAUCUCCGAACAGAGCGUGAUAAGACGCUCGUCGCCCUCCGAGACCUGGAGAUGGGAAAUGACGAGCUCGAACGGAACGAGCGUGUCGCUGUCUCGUCUCUCCUCGACAUGGAGAUUAAGUACAACCGUGCCAUCGAGGAGAAGACACUGUUGGAGCAGGAGAUCAUUGUUAAACAAGACGUUGAGGAGGAGAACCAGCGUCUCAAGGACGAGUGCCGAGACGCCAACAACGAAAUCUCCAUCCUCCGCGACCAACUCGCGCGAGCCACAGUCCCUACACCCCCGGCGUCCAACUCCCCCAUGUCACCGAUGCCGGAAAACGCGGAAGCAAGUCAGUCCCGAGCUCCUUCUGCCGCCUCCCGCAGUGAGACCGACUCGCCUGCCCCCAGCGACAAGUCGACCGCAACCCAGCGAUCCGAGAAGUCACUGGCCGCUGGCCCCCGCCGGUCCCUCCAGUCGCCCAGCGUCACACCGAGGGCACGCACCACGGCCUCGCCCCGGGUUGCACGCACCGCCAUCCCGGCCUUAUCGCCUGCGACCAAGCGAAGCACGUCGUCACCUGCGAACUCCGCCAUUCCUGCUCUGUCGCGCUCGACCGCGACACGGAAUCUCGCCGGGUCUACCACUACGUCGGCUACAGCUAAACGUCUAGGCUACCAGCCCUCGCCCGGAACCGCUCGUGCUGUCAGUAACGUUAACAACGGCACCAACCAGCCGAAGACGAAGGGCUUCCAGCUCCUGCACAAUCUUCAGGCACGCAUGAGGGCGACCGACGACCGGCUGAACACCCGUGUGUCGAAGCGCAAUGUCUCCACGCCAGGGUCGACCAUCGGAGGAACAAGGCGCUUCCCUUCGUCUGCCACGUCUGCCAACCUGAAAUCGUCGACCGCUGCCCACAACCGUGUGUCGCAGCUCUCAAAGUCGACGACAGUGACGACAUUAGCGGGAGACAAGGGGCCGGACGGCCUCUUCUCGCCCACAAACUGGGUCUUAGUGUCAGAUGGUGAGGACACUCCGACGGCUAACGGUCACGGAGCCCCACGGCGUAGCGAGCCUGCGUCUCCGUUAGAGCGGUCAACCUUCGGCCCCGAUCGAAAGUCGGCUCGGUCUCUUCCCCAACGACCGGGGAUCCCGUCCCCGCUUGCCCCAGCGCUGUCACGAUCAGUCCGUGCGCCACCCCAGGCCUCGUCCCAGGCCUCACGAUUCACGUCAUCCACUGCUAGCCGAGCCGGUCUGGGCGUGUCAACGUCACGCCCGCCAUCGCGAUCUCACCAGCGUAGCGAGAGCGUCUCAAUGCGGCCGCCAUCACGGACGCACCGACGAACGGAGAGCUCAUCGACGCGGCCGCCGAGCCGCAGCCACACUCGCUCUCACUCGCGCGCCGACUCGCGCAGCGGCUCCCGGACGGGUGCGUCGUCGCCGGCCUUCGGCGAGCGGAUGUCGCCCGAGUCAGUGUUCCUGGCGGCGGCGCAGUCGUCGCGCCCGGGGUCGAGGGCUGGCUCGCGCUCAGUCUCGCGCGCAAGCUACGAGGACGACGGUGAGCUCAUCGACGAGGAGGCGCUCGAACGCGAGCUCGCCCGCCGCAACACGCUCAGCUCGAGCACACUCGGCAAGAGUCGCCUUAGCGCCUCGGCCACGGGCACGUAUCGCCGUGUGCCGAGGCGGAGCAGCCUGGGCCCCGCCGAGGCGUCUCUCCCCCCAUCGGCGAUCCCGGCUCCCAAGACGACACCGUCACGACCAACGUCCUACCCUGUCUUCCAGAAUACACCGCCGCCGCCCGUCCCGCGCAUCCCGAGCAUGCACGCACGAGCGCGCCAAGGCCAGUAA